UCCGCGAAUAUUCGCUUAGUACAUUAUGGCUUUUAUUAUCCUGUAUCCAGCAGUGGCCGCUUUGGCUCUAUUCAUUAUUGGCGUGAUUAUUAUUAUGUUACGUUUUGGCCCAAAAUUAUGUGGGUUGCGGCACCAUGCGUUGCCGUAUAAUGAAGAGUGGCGUGAACGGGCUUACGAUCAUGAAAUAAGCUAUGCUUGAAUAUAAUUACAAGUUUUAUAUGAGCACAUAAAUUAAUAUUUAACAAGUAUUUCAUUAACAAAGAAUACUUUCCAAGUGCCUUUAAAUA